AUGAUGGCUGAUCAAGUAAUACCUCUAUUAAUAAGUUAUAACAAACUGGCUACAGAAAUUAUAUCAAUUAAUAAUACCUCAUCAAUGUCGAUGGGAUCGACAACAACAUCUACCCCAUCAUCAACAGCCACAAAUACGGCAUCAUUCAUUUUAGAUUCAACUAGUCCAUCACCCUCAAAAUAUUGGAAUUCAUCAAUGAAUACUUCUUCAUCAACAGCCUCCAAUUCAUCUAUUGGUUCGUGUUUUGAGGAAUUGUCAACAAAUCAUAGAAGCAAUAAUUAUACAAUGGAUAAUAAUAACAAUUCAAAUAAUAAUGGAAGUAAAGGAAUAACUUCUAGUGGUAUUGAUACUUAUUCAACUUUUAACGAGUACCAAAAAAUGAGUUUGUCACCAAAGACAACCUCUAUUUGUAAUGGUUGCAGGCAUCAAAUCAAUGAUAGAUAUGUAUUAAGAGUUAAUCCAAACUUAGAGUACCAUGAAUCAUGUCUUAAGUGUACCCAUUGCUCAUGUUCUCUUGAUGAGACAACAAAUGCUUUCGUCCGUAAUUCAAAUAUAUACUGUAGGGAUGAUUAUUUCCGAUUAUUUGGUAUUAAAUGUGCACGAUGUGAUGGAUCAUUUCAUAGAAAUGAUUAUGCUUUAAAAAGCGCCUCAAAUACAUUAUACCAUGUAGAUUGUUUUUCAUGUAAUACCUGUUCAAAAAAGCUUCAUUCAGGUGAUCAAUAUUUAUUAAGAGAAAACGAGUUAUAUUGUCGUUUGGAGUGUGCUGAAGCCACCACCUGCCUCAUUAAUAAUCCAUCAUCUGUUGGGACAACGACUGGAGAUCUCCUUAGUAAAAUGGAAGAUGAUGAUACAUGGGAAGAUAGGUUAUCUCUUAAUAAUUUAGAUCAUUUAAAUUCUAUCUCAACACCACCAUUAUCAAUAAAAAGUUCAAAUUCUGAAGAUUCUAUAGCAACAUCACAUCAUCAAAGAGGUUGUAGUAGUAAUGAUAAUGGUCUACUUAAUGGUAGUGGAUCAUCAACCUCCAGUAAUAAUGGUUGUGGUAGUAAAAAAGGUAAAAAAGAUAAACAAACAACUAGAGUUAGGACUGUAUUAAAUGAAACACAAUUAAGGACAUUAAAAGCAUGUUAUGCUUCAAAUAGUAGACCUGAUGCCAUUUUGAAGGAACAAUUAGUUGAGAUGACUGGCCUCUCCGCCAGAGUCAUCCGUGUUUGGUUUCAAAAUAAAAGAUGUAAAGAUAAAAAAAGGCAAGUUGCUUUAACUGCUAUGCAACAAGCUGCUGAAAAGGAAAGAGCACUUAAUGGAGUUAGAAUAAAUGGUGUUGGACCACUAGUUGCACCAUCACCAACAACUCAUCAUGAUUCAAAUCUCCAAGGAAUAGCACCUAUUGAUAUAAGACAAUAUCCAGGUAAUUGUUGGGAAACUCCUGGUAUUCCUAUACAACCUCCACCACCAUAUCACUCAACACCUCAAAUGAUAGGAGGUCAUAUGAAUCCAUAUAAUAAUGAUCAACAACAGCAACAACAAAUGAUGUCAAUGAAUGGUGGUGGACCACAACCAGGAUGUGAUAUGGGAUCAUUUCAAAUGAUUCACCAAGACAAUGACUACAAUAAUAGACUUGGAAUUUUAGGUAUUGGAAAUGAUAUCACUUCAUCAUCAUUAAAUGAUUAG